CCGACAGUCCCGUACCAUGUUUGCCUAUUGCAUGAAUAGAUCUGCUCACCUCCCGUUGGGAUCUAGCUGUGAUCGCCCCCGGUGAGGAAAAAGCCUUUCCUUUGCGCCACAAGCCUCGACGAGUCCAUCACAUCCCACGUGGUACCGUGGGAGACCGUUCAACGCCGAGAUCUGGUCUCCUCUCUUGUUGAAAGAUGAAAGAUAGAUAGAUCUCUUCUUAUACCUCCGGGUCAUCCUGCGAGGUCACGAACAACACACAGCGCCUACUUGAUGCCAACGUCCACACACAAUGGUAUCCUCGAGUGCAAUCGCAAAGCAUGAGAUUCCUCCACGGAACGAGGACGAGUGGGCCGAGGUGCUCGCCAUUUAUGGCAAAGAUAGAGACUCAUCCAAGCUUCAGCCUGCCUACAGACGCACAGAUAAUGGUACUCUCGAGCGAGAAUGUAACCCCAGGCCUAUCAUCCAUCACGCCGACAUUGAUGAAUCAUUCGAGGCCGAAGCGACGACCGGCGGCCGCCCGCCUUUUCCCCGUCCACCGGUCAAGCCCUCUCGAUCCUUCGGAGGACUUUCAGAGCGUCCCGGAUCAUCCAGCGGGAGUGCGAGGUCGACCGUCAGUGGAGAGCAGCCGACCAUGGCCCUUGGUAUCAUCAGCGCGCUCGGCGCUCCACCGAAAAAGAUCAAUAAAUUCUCGGGUACACCAGAUUGGGAUACCGAGCAGGAGCGAUUGAGAAUGAGACGGCAUUACGAGCAUCAUGGUUGGUUGCCCGGACCCCUCCCAAGUGAAUCGAAACGGCUGUUGAAGAAGAGGGCUAUUCUUCGACUCGGUAUCGGCGCGAGCAGCACUCCCGAGGAUGACCGGGAAAGACGUUCGGUCAUUGCAAAAUAUUCCGAAAUGGCACAAGACAUCUUUCAAUGUCCCUAUGCCGCUGUCAACAUUCACGGAUGCUUUGCGCAGCUCACAUUUGGUGCAAACCCCGGCGAUGCAAUGACCACCACCGAGCUCGAUGUAGCCGUCUGUGGUCACGCCUUGAUCCAUCCCAAUGUUCGCACGACUGUCGUCUCGGAUCUUUCGACCGAUUGGCGCUUUGCCCAAAAUCCCGUGGUUCAGCAAAUGGGGUUCAAGUUCUAUGCCGCCGCACCGCUUAGAUGUUCCUGGAAGGAUACCGAGAUUGACAUUGCCACCCUGUGCAUUUACGAUACCAAGCCAAGGGAAACAUUUGACGCGCGGGAACAAACGAUGCUCGUCAACUUGGCCAACAUGCUGGUGUACCAGCUGACGACUUUGGAGGGCCAAGCCUCGGCGAAACGAACGAAAGCCAUGUAUGAACAGAGCUUUAACUUUCUUCGCCGAAGCAUUCUUCCCGACGAGGCAAAACGUUCGAUGGAAAAGAAGAAAAGGCCCAAGCAGGACACCAAGCGCUCACAACUCAGCAAGAGCCCCCGCCCACGCCACAUUAGCCUGGGUGAAAGCGCCGAGCCGCUCUUCGCUUCAAAGAAUGGCCCUCGAGACAGUCGCAAUGCCAAGACUCUUGCCGCCAUGUCUGAAUCGGCUUUGUUCAACGAUUCAGCCUCUACCCUUCGCAACAUUCUCCAUGCAGAUCACGUCAGCAUUGUCGAUCUCUCCGACUACACCCUAUUUAUCCGCCGUGUCAACGAUCUGGCAGGCAAAAAGGCAGGCAAGAGCCGCGAAGUCAUCAUUUCCGACUUUCUCGCCGGCAAGCCUUGGCCUAGCGACUAUGAACCGGUAAUCCAUCACACUCCCAAGGGCAACCAGACCGGCGUUAACAUUCUCGGUUCAGACUCUGAUGGCUUGACGUGCAAUUGGCAAGAUCCAGACAGCGUGCGUACCGUACGUGACUUUGCCGAGUCGUGGAUAAAGGAUCGUCAUUUCUGGUGGGACCGGGAAGAUGACGACGACGAGCUCAACAACAGGGUCAUGCGAUUGAUGCCGGCCGAGGCAAACACUACCUUGGCCACCGCAUUCAUCACUUACGAUGGACGACUACGUUUCGCCAUGUUUGCGUCGUGGAAAUCUAAUCCGUCCGCAUUUGCCGACAGCAACAUUGCGAGUUUGCCAUUCACAUACAUCCUUGGCGGAUGCACUGCCGCGGCGCUGGCAAUUCGAAAGAUUCGAUCCCUCGAGCACAGUCAAAUAUCUUACAGCAAUCUCCAAGCACACGAGCUGCGCACCCCGCUGCACCAGAUUCUCGCCGUUACUCAACUCCUCCGAUCCUCCAUGAAUGAUCUCGCCGAUGCCCCUCAGCAGAUGCAAAGUGGCAGCUUGACGACGAUGGAACAGGUUAGAGACCUGUUGCCCCUGCUCGACGCCAUCGAUACAUCUGGCAAGACACUUCACGGCAUUGUCGACAACAUCCUCUCCUUCCUCGACCUCAAGAGUAAGGACAAUAUGCUGGCGCCAACAACCCCGGCAUUACUCUCGUCCCCCUCGGGGGCGGCGCAAACGAUAGAGGCCAUGUUUGAGGAACUGAUUCACGAGACGAGCGAAGAGGAUGUCCGGUCUCGCCAGGCGAACAGUCAACCGCUGUCCCACGUCGAGACAGUCUUCGAAAUCUCCCCCUCAUCGCUUGGUCGGCACGUCACCGAGGAUUCUGGCGGAGCGCUACGCCGUGCGUUGGGCAAGAUUCUCGCCAACGCGUACAAGUUUAUUGAUGGCAAUGGUGUCGUCGAAAUAUACGUCAAAAACGUCGAAGAAGAGUGUCCUAAUGGUUGUGAGGAACUCGCUCUUUCGAAGAAAAUCAGCAUCGAGAUUCGCGACAAUGGUCGGGGCAUGGACCCCGAAUUUGUCCGGAACAAGCUCGGUGAGCCAUGGGCAAAGGAGGACCAAUACACGACGGGCAGUGGUCUCUCUGUGCAUCUCGCCUACCGCAUCAUCGAUUUGAUGGGUGGAGACAUGGAGAUCUCUUCGGCACCAGGGCACGGGUGUAUCGUUCAUAUCCAAGUGGCACUGCCACUGCGGCAAGAAGGUUCUCCGCAUCAAAAGUUCCCGUCUUUGGAGCAGGUUGACACGGAUCAUGACGCAGCAGGCCGCAAGGUCGCUCUCAUCGGCUUUGACGAUCCGCACCAUCAUCUCGGCGGUCACAACAAGUUGGAGACGGCACUCGCAAGGCAGCUUACCAAUUUCGGCGCUCACAUCGUUCCUCCGGCCGAAGCCGAGCUCAUCAUUGCCAAUGGUCAUUUGGAGGAGUCUGCAGUUCGAGGUCGCGCCCUACUGGACUCCACCCCAGCGACUCAUUUUGUAUUCUACGUCACUGACGGACACGAGCCCCACCCGCUAUUGGCCGACCUCUUCGCCUCGAAAUCUGUGCGUCGAUACCAGAAGCCCAUCACACCAUCCCUUAUCCGAGAGGCCCUCUUCCCCGGUCAGAGCAAAUUCCAGCACGUCAUCGCGUCCUCCGCCCUGUCUCGGGGCCGCCCAAGCAUUCCCCGAUCGGACACAUCUGACAGCGGUGAUCGAGAGGUGGUUCAGCCCGGCAAGACUGUUCCCGAGACGCGACUCAAAGCGCACUUUGAGCCGGCUGAAUCGCCAGCCAAUGGCACCACCUUGUGCCCCAUCGUGGCCAAGCUGUGCUCGUUCUGGAAGCCGAAGAAUGUGCCCGUGGAGGACGCCGUGGCUUGCUUGUCUUUAGGCGACUAUAUCAACUCCCAUAGACGCACUUCUAUCAAUCGAACACCUUCCCUUGGCGGAUCCUCCAACGCAGCAUCUUCUGCUGGCUCGCUCCCCGAGACUCCUGGCGCAUGCUCCGAGGCUGACCCGGCAGAAGCCAGCGCGACUGGCUCCCCCGUGGACGAGGUGGCGCCGCCUGUUGACAUACCGAAGGUUCUGGUAGUUGAAGACAAUCGGAUCAAUCGGAAAAUCCUGGUCAAGCUGUUGUCCUCCAAGACUCCCAUCGAGGUGGUCGAGGCGGCCGAUGGACAAGAGGCUGUUGACCUAUUUCGAGAGUUUGACGGUCCGGCGAUCGUGCUUCUCGACAUCAACAUGCCUAAAAUGGACGGCUUCCAAGCGUCCUUUGAGAUGCGUGAGAUUGAGCGCAAGACGAAACGAAGAAAGAGUCAGAUUAUCGCCGUGACGGCACUCGCCGGCGAGGCUGAAAAGCAUAAAGGACUGGUAGAGUGCGGUAUGGACACGUGGAUGACCAAACCCUGUGGCAAGGUCGCGAUACAUAGGGCAAUAGACGAUGCGAAGGAGGCUCUGGGUCUAGGGAACAAGGAGAUUGGGUUGGGUAUCAAUGUGGUAUAAGUGGGCUUUUCCGGAAUGGUUGUAAUCUUUUGUUGUUGCUAUGUAUAGCUCUGGGUGGAUUGGCUCCAGAUG